AUGUCGCAGGCGGUGGCUCUUCCUCGCGGCGUGCGCCGCCCAUCAUCCUUCCGCACUGCUCGGGUCUUAUCGGAAGUUGGACACUACCGAGGCUGCCGCUGUGCCACGCCUUCUUGGCUCCCAGCAUACAAGGCCCUUCCUGAAAGCUCAGCCUCAACGAAAACGGCAAUCUCUGUGAGGCCUGGACGGGCUCCGUUCCAGGAGCUGUCGUGGAGCCAUACGCGAGGCCAAGACGCCAAAGUGGCCUCUGUGGCCUGGGGCCUGCUUUCGGCCUGUUUGCCCUUCGAGGCUUUCUGGGGCGUCACAGGUGCGGCGGCCGCUGUCUUGGCGAGCCUCGCGCGCUCGCGCCGAACCUGCUUGGCGGCAACGCAGAUGAAACAGAGCAAAGUGUCAAGGUUGAAGGGUGGUGCAAUGUUGACGGUCCGGAAGUCCAAGAACAACGCUCAUGUUGCCCUGUGUGACAAGAAGGGCGAGAUUGUCUGGUGCACCACCGAGAAGCGCUACGGCCCACUCCUCCCGAACGCCAACAGGGCUAUCGAGGCGGCGCUCUUCGUGGCGGACAAGCUGGGCGUGGAGUCCAUCGUGCUGCAAGUGAAGGGCUCGCCUGGAGCUUUGGGCGGCAUCAUCGCCACCAUCCGUUCUUCCGGCAUCAAUGUAACGCAAGCCUAUGUCCGAAACACCAUCCAAUACGGAGGUUGCCGACCGCGUCUUAUGCGCCGUGUGUGA